AUAUGUAUAGAGUCUCUCUCUCCUUGCCCCCUUGGCCGGCCAUGAGACCAGCAACCAACGACGGCUCCGCGAUCACCGUGCCAGCCUAGCUAGCACCAGCGGCGUCUCGUUCCGUCGAGCACGUUCCUUGCUCCAGCAGCCAUGAAGCCAGCAGCAGGCAAGCAGGCGCCGCCGGACGUCUCCGCGCGCCGCCGCCUCGCCGCCGUGCUGGCGCCGCUGCUCCUCUUCCUCGCCGCCGCGCUCUCCUUCCCCUCCGCGCUGCGCCUCCCGCUCCUCCUCCUCCCCCCCGCCGCCGCGCCGCCCACGUCCACCUCAUCCUCGCCGCCCCGCGUCGCCGUCUGCCUCGUCGGCGGCGCGCGGCGGUUCGAGCUCACGGGGCCCUCCAUCGCGCGCCACGUGCUGGGCGGCCUCGGCGCCGCCGCCGUCGACGUGUUCCUGCACUGCCCGCUCGACGCCGACGCCUACAAGCUCUCCCUCCUCGCGCCGCCGCCGCGGGGGUCUUUCCGCCUCGCCGCCGUGCGCGUCUUCCGCCCGGAGCCCGUCGAGGAGACGCCGGAGCGCGCGCAGGUGCUCACCGCGCUCAACUCGCCCAACGGCAUCCAGGGCCUGCUGCAGUACUUCCAGCUGGUGGAGGGUUGCCUGGACCUCAUCCGCGACCGCGAGUCCCGGGGCAACUUCACCUACGCCGCCGUCCUCCGCACCCGCGUCGACGGCUUCUGGUCCGCGCCGCUCCGCCUCGACGACCUCCUCCUCCCCGCCGCCGCCGCCGGCUACGUCGUCCCGGAGGGCUCCCGCUUCGGCGGCCUCAACGACCGCCUGGGCUUCGGCGGCCGCCGCGCCACGGACGCCGCGCUCUCCCGCCUCUCCGCGCUCCCGCGCCUCGCCGCCGCCGGCUACCGCGCCCUCAACUCUGAGGCGGCGUUCCGCGCGCAGCUCGACGUCGCGGGCGUCGCCGGCGUCGAGCGCCGCCUCCCGUUCUGCGUGCUCAGCGACCGCGCCUACGCGUUCCCGCCCGUGCCCGGGUACGGCGUGCCCGUGGCGUCGCUGGCCAGCGCCGGCCCGCUCAGCGGGGCCAAGUGCCGGCCGUGCCGCCCCGCGUGCCGCGGCGAGUGCGCCGCGCGGAGCGUGGACGCGCUGGAGGGCGGGUGGAGCUGGACGGAGCACCGGAACGGGACGGCCGUGGAGCUCUGCGACGCCUCCGGGCCGUGGGAGGACGGGUGGGAGGCGCUGUUCGACGAGGCCGCCGGCGCCGGCGCCGCCGCGGCCAGGCGGAGGGUGGCGAGGAUGGGGGCCAGGGAGUGCGUGGCGGAGACGGAGGCGUUCAAGGCGCGGGCCGAGCGGUGGGACGCGCCCAGCCCCGUGGAGAUUUGCCGGAUCGGGCUCGCAGCCCGGAGGACGGCGGCGGCGAGCAGCUCCGGCGGCGAGUCCUGAUCGAUCGAUCCAUCUGUUGUCGGACGGUGACAGGACACUGCUGCCGAGACUAACCUUGAGCCAGCCGCCCAUGGACCGUGACGGACAGGACAGUUCAGUUUGCCCACGGUAGCUAGCUAGAAAGUGUAGGUGGCUUCACAAGACAGAUAAAACAAACACGGGGUAAAAGAGGAAUCAAUCAGUGGGGGUAGUACUAUACAUAUUGUUACAUACAGAGUACUUGAGAAAUUCUUUUGUACAAAAUUUGUACAGGUAGCUCUAGAGUUCGUAUCAGCUAGCUAUGGAUAGACGACUGGAUACAUUAUAUACACACACUGAGUGAACAGACCACCAUUGUUUUGCUCUGACGAGUUUAAAAUUUUUACGUGGGACGAUACACACUAGCAAUAUGAAUGUUUACCAAUUUUUGCA